CCGGGGGUCCCGGGGGUGCCGCGGUGCCGCCGCCCCCGCCGGUCGGCGGUGAUGUGUCCACCCCUGCUCCCGGAGCGCCGCGCUCCCAAAGCCGCCGCUUCCAGCUAGAUCCAAACCCGCCCCGCUGCCAUGGAAACGGGCAGCCCGGAGGAGCGGGACGGAGGGGACCAGCGGCGGGAGGAGGGCGGGGACGCCCCUCCCGACAGCGCCAACGGCUCGGUGCUGACAGCGGAGCCGCAGCAGCCGCCCCCCGGCAAGCUGAGGAAAACGGCCUUCAAGCUGUUCGGGGGCAAGCGCAGCAUCUGCACCCUGCCCAGCUUCUUCGGUGGCCGCGGCAAGAAGGGGCUCAGCAAGUGCAAGACCCACGACGGGCUGAGCAGUGCUGCCUGUGACAAGGGCAGUGGGACACAGCCGGACAGCCCCUCGGAGGGCAGCAGGGAUGGGCAUCCCGGCCCACUGCCCAGCUCCCGCAGCGCUCAGCUGGCUGUGGACUCUGGUGCCAGGGGGGAUUUGGGCCAGCAGGACAGCUCUCCCCCCGGCAGUAUUGAGGGCUGUGACAAAAAGCCCAAUGGGGAGAAAUCCUCUUUCCCCAGACCCAAAAAAGGGCUGAAAGGAUUCUUUAACAGCAUCCGGCGCCACCGGAAGAGCAAGGCUGCCGAGAAUGAGAAGGCAGAGCUCCCCGAGUGGAACGGGGACACGGAGGAGGCCGGGAAUGCUCCUGGAAUGGCAGUGGAGAGCCAAGGGGCCGCAGAGGGCAGGGGAGCAGGGCCGGUCCCUGAGGCCACGGCCUGCCCGGGGGGCUCAGGGGGUGACCCCAGCUGUGGUGAGGCCACUGAGCCCACUUGCCCCGUGGCCGAUGGAGGCAGCUCUGAGGGUGACACGAUGGCCGUGCCAGGGAAUGGGGACGUUCCAGAUACAAAAUCAGAGGCGGAGACUGCUGCCUGCACUGAGUUUGACCGUGAGAGUUUGCUGCUGGCCUUCCACCCUGACCUCAUGGACAACGAGCCUCCCUGCCUGCACUCCGGGGACCUGCUGAGCCUCAUCCUGGACGACGUCACCUCCCUGAAGAGCUUCGACUCCCUGACAGGGUGCGGGGACGACAUCGCCGAGCCUGACAUCGCUGAGAGCAGCAUCUCGGUGGAGCGCAGCCGAGACGCCACCAAACGCAGCUCCUGCCUGGUCACAUACCAGGGCGGUGGCGAGGAGAUGGCAAUCCCUGAGGAGGCUGAGGAGUACCUGCACCAGGUGUGGGACAGCGGCGUGCCAGGGGACAGGAGCUACGGGGCCCAGGUGUCAAGCAGCAGCCUGGAGACGCACGCCUCGCACGAGGCCGACGCCCACCCCUACAUGGGGGACGCCAUGGACGGCGUUGACCUCCUGACGCCCCAGAGUGACCAGCAGGAGUCUGCCCCGAACAGUGACGAGGGGUAUUACGACUCCACCACGCCAGGGCCGGAGGAUGAGGCUGGAGAGGAGCUCAAGAAGGACCGACUGCCCCGGGACAGCUACAGCGGAGAUGCACUUUAUGAGUUUGACACCCUGAUGAGCCCCUCUCACGGGGAGGAAUCCCUGUUCGAGGGCAAAGUCCCACGCCAGGGCAUCUUCAGCUACUUCAUGGACUUCUGCCUCCCUGCAGAGAAGAGCCUGAUCCAGCAGAUGAUGGAUCAGAAAAGAGGGCUGAUGGAAGCCGAAGAAGAGGGGCUUGCAGCCAUUCAGAAGGAGCUGCUGUACUGGGAGCUGCAGAGGGAGCCGGUCCUGAAGCGCCUGGAUGUGUCCAGCAAGGAGAAGUGUCCCCGGGAAAAGCAGUGCAUUGAAUGUAAAAGUAGAGCAGCUGGCUCCAUUGGCAAGAGUCAGAGUGGCCUUGGGAGUGAGCAGGUGGCCUCGCACACCCCAACCCAGGCUGUCAACGGUGGGGUUGCAGUGGCUAGGGCUGAAAAUCCAGAGUGGAGGGAUUUUCCAGGGACUCUGUGUCCGGAAAACUGUUACAACAGCCAAAAAGCCCCUGGAAGUUGCCUUACUCAGCUCACAAAGAACAACCCGGGGUUCAACACAGACCUGGACUGUGGGAUGUUUGGGGACUCCAUCCACGGCAGCGUGGCCCCAGCCAAGGCAGGGAUGUUCCCUGGGUUCAGGCUCCCGGAGCAGGAGCGCGGUGGUGGAGCAGAGCCCAGCCCCGGCGAGCCCCAGGUGGGCAGUGAGCCUGAGCACGCCGUGAGCUUCUCACAGGCUCUGGUGGAGUUCGCCAGCAGCGGGACCCUCUUCUCCAGCCUCUCCGAGAGCCUGGGGAGCUCGGCCUCCAGCUCGUCCUUCACCCAGAACCUCCCUGCCCUCCCCACCAUGGUCACCUUUGACGUGGUGGAUGUGGAGCAGGACGGGGAAGGGGAGUGCGAGCAGCACCCGGAGCUGACCGCGGGCGAGGACAUCGCCGAGGCCUUCGACGACAGCUACGGACAGAAAGAGUCUUUGGCUGAAUGUGACGAGAGAAUGUCCCCGGGCUUCUCCCCGGGCUCCUUCCAGAGCUGCAACUGGGGGGUGGCCAGCCUGCCCCGCCACCUGCGCCUGCACGGGCUGAGCCCCUCCAUGCCUGCGCCACUCUCCGUGGACCGGAGGAGCCGCUCGCUGGACACGGAGAGCCUGGAGUUCGAGCUGGCCGAGCUGCAGGGCGCCCGGAGCGGCCCCCAGCCCUGCCGGCUCUGGGCCAGGCGUGAGGCCAGCAGGAAGGACUCUGCUGGAGCCAGGAGGAGCAGGAGCAAGGAGGAGGGCGAGCUGGUGGCUCCCGAGGGCGGCUCAAGCUGGCCGGGCCUGCGGCACCUCCAGCCCGGCACCGACACGGCUCCUGGCGGGAUGGAGCUCUGGGGCUUCGUCCCGGCCGGCGCCGUGGAGAGCAUCUGGGAGCCAUCGGAGCCGCCAGACACCGUGUCCCCUUUCCUGCCUCUCUCCCGGGGUGGCACCGGGGAGGCUCCGCAGAGGCGGCCCCAAGAUCCAGAGCUGAGCAGGCACCCGCUGCGGCCCUCCAACCUCCCCCUGCAGCUGGAGACCAGGUGGGGCUGGGAGGCAGCCGGGUCCUACCGGUACCACGGGGACGUCCCCAAGCUGUCCCGUUUGUUACCCCUGGGAGAAGCCGAGCUGCCUCCGAGCUUCACCUUCACCUGCUCCCCGGAGCACCGCACCAAGGGCAAACCCGUGGGCAUCGCCCAGGGCGUGCCACAGCAUCCCAGUGGGAGCAGCGGGGACACCGAGGGCCCGGAGCGCUGCCCCGAGCCCCUCAAGGGCAGGGCCACCCCGGGGCACGGCGGCUGCCGCAGUGCUGUGCUCAGUGUCACCGAUGCAGAGUAGCUGCAGGAAUGUCACCACGUCACCAAGGCCGAGUAUCUCCAGGAAUGUCACCGUGUCACCAAGCCAUGGGGCUGCAGGAAUGUCACCGUGUCACCGUGCUGAGGCUGCUCUGGGCAGGGCUGAAGUGGGGGUAAAGGGCAGGGAGGGAGGAAACCGGGAGCAGUUUUGGGGGGACUUUAUUUGAGCUGGGCUGAUGCUCCUCUCCUGCAGCCAUCCAUGGCCUCACCCCUGCGGAUGCUCUGGCGGGGUUUGGAGCUGCCUCCAGGAUUCCUCCAUCACCACUGAGGCACUUUCUGGUUCUCCAGCCCUUUUCCAGUGCCAAGUGCAGCAGCAGCCCCCAGCAGAAGCUGGGGAUGGACCCGUCGCUGGUGUGGCAGGUUGGGGUUUGCGCAGGAUUGGGGCUGAGGGAACAAGCCUUGGGCAGACUUUUGAGGGAAAUGGGGCUGUUUUCCUCUUUUUGGUGAAAUGUUUUGGUUCAGACUCACUUUGAAUGUCUUCCACCUCAGGCUCAGUCUGGGGAGCUGGGAGGAAGGGUGCCGCUUGUUCCAGAGCGAGGACGGGGCGAGGCAGCUGGAAAGGGGAACUUUGCAGCAACGUUUUUAUUUAUUUGGUUUUUUCCUUGCCCCAAAGGAAAGCAGGAGCUUUUGUGUGCGUGCUGAUAACGUUCUCCAGGUCUAGUUUGAGUUUGCUCAGAGAGAUGUGCUGUCCAUGGUAUCCCUUUGAAGAACAAAGUGUUGGUCCCUUCUUUGUUGUGGUCUUCACAGUGCAGAAUUCCUGGUGGAAACCUUUCCUGUGCUUUGUCCUGGGCUCCUGGCCUCUCCAGGGCCGUGGGGGCAGGGAUGAGGCCUUUGAAAUAAGCUAAAUUUGCAUCGUGCCUGUAGCUGUGAAGUGGCAGAUGCUGUUACUUUCUCAAAAGGAAGCUUUGUGGCUUUUUAAUUUAAUUUUUUUAUUUUAUGGUUGUUUUCUUUGCAUGAACCCACAGGAGCAAAGUUUUGUGUUCGUUGGAAUUCGGGAUGGACCGCAGCUACCUUGGGCUUCACAGCUUCCUCCUCCUGACUGGAGGGAACAAAAAAACUGGGAGUUGCUGGAGGUUUGGGAUUUUUUGCAUCUUGGAAGGAAUGUGGAGGAGGGACACAGGCUGAGGGGACCCUACAAGCUCCUGUGCCAUCUGUUCCAGGCUGCUGAUCCCCCCUGUCCUCUGUGAUCCCAAACCUCCAAUCCAUGACACAAAGCUGCUUUGUGUCCUGCCCAAGCUCUGUGUUCUGAUUGAAUUCCAUUACCAGUGAUUUUUGUUUCCCCCCCCAUUGCCCUUUUUCUAUUUUACUUUGCAGCAGAGUUUGUAGCAUUCAGAAAAAUCAUCCCAAAGUGGAAAUAGCGGAGUUUUACCACAUUUGUGGAGUGAGGGAUGGCUCUGCCUGGGUCAGACUCGAUUUUCCUGCUGGGCCCUGCCCUGCUGGGACACCUCCUGCUGCUUUCCUGCUCCGUAUGGAUGUGGCUCCAUCAGCUGCUCCCUGCUAUCCCUGGAUUUCCAGGCACAAGGAGCUGCUUUGGGUUUGAUGGGGAUUUUCCCCCCCCAAGCAAAAUGAGGUCUUGAUAUUCCUUUUGAGAAGAGAUUCCUUCUGCACUGCCCUUGGGUAUCUGGGAAGGAGCAGGGAAAGGCAGAGCCGAGUUUGGUUCAGCCUCUGUGUGUGAUGUGAUUUUCCUGCUGAGGCUGAGCAGAUCCAUCUGUGCAUCCAUGGGCUCAAACCUGAAUUUUUCCCUAUUUUCCUGCCAGCCCUGCUGUGGGGAGUUCCACAGGAAUGUGCUGUGCCAUGGUUCUUCUCCCUCAUCCCUCUGGGACACCGGAGAGGGUUUCCUGGGACAAACCUGGCUCUUGGUGCCACGGCCACACCUGGAGGGGAGAUCAGGGUGAGCCAGGGGAAGGUGCCCUUGCUGGGAGGUUGCCUCCCCUCAUUAGCACAGCUGCUAAUGAAUAUUGGAUAUCCCUCCCUGGAGCAAGGACAGGGUCGGGUCUGUGCCCAUCUCACCCUGCUCCCAGCACACAAACCACGGGCAGACCCUGCUGGGGACACCACAGGGCCAUUGUCACCCCCCUCACACCCCUGGCUGGGUUUGAUCCCUGCUUUAUUUCCUUUCAGCGUCUCACCAAAGGCAUCUUUGGGUUCCAGGCUCUGUAGCUUUGUUCAGCCAAAGUCCUGCUGAGGGCUGGGAAUGUCUUGGUGCUGAAUGAAUGUUCCAAGGUGUCCGUAGGAACACUGGGCUUGGGUGUAGGUACGAGAUGGGGAGGUUCAGUGGGAGCAAUACAGCCAAGGCUUGAUUAUCUGACUCUAUACCAAAGGUUUCUCCUCUUCAUUCCAUGGGAAUUCAAUGAGGCAAAUAUCUCUGGAAUUCAGAUGAGUUUUCCUAACGCAGUUUAGUCACUAAUUCGCUGGAUCUUUGGCAGAUUCUGCCCCAUUAACCCAAAGAAAUCAGAAUUUCCAGCGCAGUAACUCCGCCUGUAAAUGAUCGCUGGGUAGGGAUUGGAUUCCCUGCCUGAUGAGCCACUCCUCCCAAAAAACCCCAGUCGGGAUCCCUAGGAACAAACCUGGUCUGGAGCUGGAUCAGUCCAACACUGCCUUACCCGAGGAGCUCACGUUUGGGGGUGGUCACUGAGGCUUCUUCUGCAAAAAGGCUUCCCUACCAGAAACCAGUCUGAGAAGUCAGGAACAGCAGAUUGUCCCGCCAAGGUACUGAGGGAAAACUCGAGGAAUUGGCCUGUCCCUUGCAGGGAAGGCCUUGCCUGAAGUGAGGAAUGGGGCUGUGAAGCUGUCAUGAAACCACUGCCGUUGGGGUCAGCCUGCCAAGAGGUUCUGUGUUGCAUUCUGGGGACUUUGGGGUUUUCUUUGCUUUGUUUGUUUUUAUACGCAUAAGAAAACGGUCGAUUUUCUCUAUUUUUGUAUAGUUUUGCAUUUUAUAAUCAUGGGGAAAUUUUACAGACUGUUCUUUUACUUGUGUGUCUUGUCUUUCCAAGUGGUGUGGUUUGCUUUUCCGAUGGAGAAAAGGCCAUUCCUGCUGCUGCCAUGCCCGGAUCCCACUCUGCUCCCCUGGGAAUGUGCUGGGGCCUCUUCCCAGCCCCUCACCAACACACUUUGCACACACCUGAGACAUCCUUAACCCUCCUCUGUCACACUCAGCUGUCCCUUCUUUGCUUUUCAGUGUUGUUUUUAAUCUGAAUUUGUGGAUUUUGGUGAUUUCUCCCUCCAAGUGUUGUAAAAAGCCCACAGGUUUCAGCUGAGGCUUUCCCUGCUGUCUGCUGAUGUUAUUUUAUCCAAAAUUGGGGCUUUUCUUAAAUCCCUGUGCAGGAGAUGCUGUUGGUUGGUGCUUGGAAUUGCUCUUGGACAGGUUUCCUCUCCCCUUGGUACUCCCUGGCUGGGCUGGGAGCUGGGAUUUCGCCCUGGUGCCUGAGGAUUGCUCCUUAAAUAAUCCUGGGAUGAGCAGGGCUGCCCAGUUUCUCCUCCUCCAGGGAGCUCCAGCCCUGUGCUCUUGCAUCACUGAAGCUUCUCCCUGGAAUGAUACUGCCUUGAACUUUGGGAUCAGAGGAGAGGAGAGCUGCUGGAAUGCUAAAAUCCAGCCAAAACCAGAUUUUUUCCCCCAGCAGAGGUGGCAAUUGCCACUGAUUUGGCUCUGCAUAGAUUUUUAUGUUUUCUCAUUAAUGAUUUGUCACCUAAUGGUGCUUUUAAAAGUUUUUCUUGAUAGGGUUUGCCCCGUUCCCAGCACACGAUGGACGGGAAGGUUUCUCAUCAAACAUUCCUGGGGCACUCAGACCCACCUUCCACAUUCCCUCUGCCCUGGAAUUUUGGGCUGCCUCCUCUCCACCUGGGGCCUCCUGCUCUUCUCACCCACACUGAGUCACCCUCAAGCUCCAUUUGGGUGAAAUGAGAAAUGAAAAUCCCAAAAAGCCUCUCAGUUGUAAGGAAAUAAGGAAUUAGCCCUUGUCCUUGGCUGCCCCAUCCCGCUGCCAGGCUGGCGGCUCCUCCCAGGUGACCAACCUGUCUGAAUUUGGGGUUUUUUUGUUUCCUUCCUGGUCUCAUUGCUACUAGUCCUUUCAAGUUUUUAAUGUAUUGAUUGUGUUUUAAAAUGAAUGUUCCUUUCACUGAAUUCUAAUGAAUAAACUGCAGAUUUUUAGAGAA